AUGCGUCCCCUACUUCAGCACGAAGAACUCGGUGACCGCAAGCCAUCGCAGCUCCUGCGUUACAUGCGUGACCUCUUGGGCAGCACCCUAGUCGACGACUCCCUCCUGCGUAUCAUCUGCCUUCAGCGUCAACCCUCACAUGCCCAGGCCAUCCUCCAGGUGCAGCUGAAUCUGCCGCUGGACCAGCUCUCUCACAUUGCUGAUCAAGUCGUCGAGAUUUCGUUGCCAGCAUCGCCUCUCACCAUCAAUGCCAUUGACACCCGACAGUUCAGCAGCGAACUCGCGCGCCGUGUCGACGAAAUCACCCGUCAGCUGGUCUCAAUUCAAAGGCGCGUGGAUCAAAGCCCGAAGCUGCAUCCACAAAACGCUCCCAAAGCCAAGAAAACAACGCCGCUUCAUCGCACGGAAAUGAGAACGGCCCCUGCUACUACCAUCGCCGCUUCGGGGACAAAGCCCAGAAAUGUCAACCACCUUGCUCAGCUGGACGUCAGGGAAACUUCAACGGCAGCCCGUAACACGGCCGCGAGCUACCAACUUAGAGGUCGUCGCAUAUUCGUCACUGACCAAGUCACAAAGCGGCGGUUCGUCGUCGACUGUGACUCCGACAUGUGUUGCUUUCCCCGAACUUUCCUGUGUGACAAGCGUCCUUGCACGUCCUUUGAGCUCAGCGUGGCGAACCAUUCGACGAUCAAGACCUACGGCUCGCUCCGCCUUAACAUCAACUUCAAAAACCUGCGUCAAGAUUUUCCAUAG